GGGGCGAUGACGUAUUUUGUAAGCGCCUACUUGGCUACGUCAUCGAUUUGAAGAAUGCAAUGGAAAAGCGUGGAAUGAAUCUUUUAUCGUAAAGGUGGUGGACGUUACCUGAAAUGUGGCAGGCGAAAAUGAGCACCUAUUUGCACGUAUUGUCUUUCUGUUUGUUCCUUUGUUUUUUUCUGCAUGCUGGCCAAAGUGCCAGACAAGGACAAGAUGUGAGAUGUGGAGCAUGCAGGGCUUUGGUGGAUGAGCUGGAAUGGGCAAUCUCACAGGUGGACCCCAAAAAAAAGAUCCAGACUGGGUCCUUCAGGAUCAAUCCAGAUGGCAGCCAGUCUGUCAAAGAGGUUCCUUUUGCCCGAUCUGAAGGUCACCUCCUUGAACUUCUUGAGGAGGUGUGUGACAAGAUGAAGGACUACGGGGAACGUAUUGACACCUCAACUAACCGGAAGACCUACGCAAGGGCAAAUUCAAGGGAUGGCAAAACGAUGGACCUCUCUGAAACCAGCUUUGAUUCACGAGUUACCUCAAGCCUUAAAUACGCUUGUGAAACAAUUGUGGAACAGCAUGAGGAUGAAAUUAUCGAAUUCUUUUCACAUGAGACCGACAAUGUCAAAGACAAACUCUGUAGUAAACGGACUGAUCUUUGUGACCACGCCCUCACUAUGUCCCAUGAUGAGCUUUAACUCAACAGUGAAGAACACCCAUGUCCUCAACCUCGCAAUGAGCAGCACCCCCUCAUAUGUGGGGGCACAAAAUAUCACACGUCGUCAGCAACAGUUACCUCUUAGAACUUAAAAAAUAUCCAUUCGUUUAGUUGCUGCAUACAUUCCGUUUCCCUGUUUCAUAUCAUUUGCCAUUCUCAGUAGGAUGCGCAUUCUAAUACGAAGGUCAGAAUAGAAAUCAAAAUGAAAAAGGUGUAGAAGGUCACAGUCCGUUUCUGAAUAUAAACUACAAAAUAUCUUAACUGAAGCCUUCCUAAAGCACUUCCAAGAUCAGUUUGAAAUUAUUGCAUACAUUUCAAAUUUCACAAUCCUUGAAGAGGCAUUGAGAUCGAUCCAUUUACUCUUUUUGGGAUUAAUAGUUCUUUGACACUUGGAACUGGUUUACUUCUAACCAUUUUUUACAUUUGAUGGAAAUAUAUUUGUACAACAACA